CGGCGGGGGCACGGCUGGCUCUGCCCCCAGUCCCCGAGACGGCGGGGGACGGCUGUGCCCAGCUAGAGGCGCAGAUGCGCUGCGCCCGGGCCCACUAGUACUGUAUAAUACACUAAGAUCAUACAUGGCAAGCCCUGCCCAUGCAGUGCUUUACCAAUCAGAGAUAACCGAACAGAAGCACAGUGGUGAUUGGGCAGUGGGGAUUCCAUAUGCAGAUAGGGAAGAGGAAUGGGCAGGGGGCGAGGAAAUCAAUAGGGAGGAGGCGAGUGAGAGAGUGAGCAGGGAGUAAGCAAGCGAGUGGUGGGGAGCAAGUGAGCAGCAGGGAACGUGUGAGCAAGCGGUGGGGAGCAAACGAGUGGCAUGGAAUGAGCAAGUGAACGAGGCAAGUGGUGGGGCAGGGGCGAGUGAGCUGUAGGCAGUAUCAGGUAGUUUCCCAUUAAUGGGAUCGCAUUAAGUGGUCACAAAAUACAAGAUACAGCACUGUACUUUAGUCCACACAAUUUGUAUUUUCUGCAUGUUGUGCCAAUAUGUCUUGGACUGGUCUUAAAAUGCAAAGGGGGGUUUUCUUGUAGUGGUGGUGGUUCAUUUGUGUGUCUAUGUUCGGUUGGGACUGGCCUUAGAAUGAGAUGGACCACGGUAGCCACCUCAGGAGGCAGAUUACUGGGGAGGCUGCUGUCCCACUGCCCACCGCUACCCCAACUGCCUCCCAUUGCUGCUUGCCCCCAGCUCUGUUCUGAGUCGUCUUCCUUCCUCAAUGAACAGGAUUUGAAAAGGAGGAGGGAGACAGAGUAGAAGUAGUAUGGAGGAAAGUGGUGGACAACGUUUGGUGUUCUGCCUGAAACCUGAACCAGCACCUGAAAUCUGGGCUACUGUUGCGUGUGUUGGUUUUUGCCAGGAAAUCAUCGACUCUUUAACAAAGGGCAGUGCAUUGUGUACUGAUCUUUCCUCCAACUUUGUGUUGAUUAACAGUGGAGAAUAGCUCUCUGGUAUCUGGUUCCCUGUUCCAUUCUGUUCCCCUUGAUCUUUUCAUCCUUGGACCUAGAGCAAGAUCACCAGCUCAGAAAGUGGUUUUUCUCCCCUCCACCCAUCUUUUAUUUAUAUAUUUUGGUAUGAUAGACACUUGUUUUAAAUGCUUCGCUCACAAUGAAAAAUAAAAUGCUGAUCUAAGUAGAUGGAAGAUAUGUGUGCUGAUCAGGUGUAGAAUGAACAUCUUCUGGUUCCAAAAACCAUAGUUAAGACAGAUGUUAAUAUGAGACUGUUUAUAGCCAGAAUGUGGGGUGGCUUUGGAUGGGGAGCAGGUUCAGUUAAAAGUGGGGCAAUGUGUUUCUCAUUAAAGCUGUUACAGGCUACAGGAUGCUUUCAAUCUGCCUCGGAGUGUACUGUGUCGCUUAAUUCAGAGCGCUUCUGGAGCUCAGCAGGCAGAGCUGGGAAGCUCCACCCUCUGGCGCAACAGCGCGCACGGAGGAGGACUGGGGGAGUUGCAUGUAGGCUUCCAUCAUGUCCCCAUAGAGCCUGCUAACAUGCACACUUUCUUAGUCAGCCAAUGGCUUUUCUGCUUGAGCCCUUUGUCAUGAAACUUGUUCUGGUUAAAAUGCUUUUUUGUGUAGAAAGAAACAGAAAUUGGGCUCCCCUAGUUCUACUUAGAAUGCUUUAUUUUAACGAAGGUCUCACUAUUUCUUCCUUAGGUGUCCUUUUAACAAUGUUAUCUUCAUGCUAGAUCCAGACAGCAAGUACAGAGAUUUCCUUGCUAGGUGCACUAUUGUGCCCCCCCCCCCCAGUCAUUAUGAGAAAUAUCUCCUCUCUCCCCCAGAAACCUGUUUAAGUGCAAGCCUGAGUAUCUUUUGGACACAUUCCAAGGCUUAUGAUAUGGUGGGGCUGCCUGGUUAAGUCAGCAAAGAGGAGGGGACUUUAAAUGAUACUGUAACUUAAAAUGUACAUUUUUAUUUGCAUCAUGUCUUCAGGAUGGGAUGGGUUUUAAACCUUAAUAAUUAACUAUAUUUUCAAAAUGAUAACUGUGCCCCAUUUCACAGAGGAGAUCUGGAAGAAAGUUGAUUCUUUCGUGGGGAAAAAUCUCUUGAUGUAUCAUUUUGCCAGUUUGAAAGUGAUUGUGCUGGUGUGGUAUAUGCUAAAACAGAGGAGGUCUGCAAGUCUGUAGACUCCUAUAGCAUAUUGACUGGUUUUACUGAUGAAGACUGUGAGAGGUCAAAACAUGUUUGGCCAAUAGUUUGUUUCCGGCAAACAGUCUACUUGACUGGAAUUGACUGGAAUUCACUACCCUAUGCCUAUUGUCAGUCUCCAGGUUUCACAUUCACAUUGCAUCUUUGAUAUUGUGUAUUAUAUGAUUUGGAUCGAAAUCCGUUGAGAUCCAUAAGUAUGAGUUCUGUCCCUGUGCAGGGACCACGCUGUAGCCAAGCCGCAGCUUGUCGAAGGCAUCCAAGCCCCACCUCCACACGUGCUAUUUAAAGGUGGGCUGGGCGCCAUGUUCCUCAGUUCUUUUCCGACCGCCUUCGCAUUUGGACCUUGGUCUACCGCUUGUUCGUCGGAUAAGUUCUUCAGUGGUUUUUCCUUCAGUGAGUUCAUCUAUAUUUUAAAAAGAAGGAAAGAAAGGGUGGAUAUUUAGUUUUGACCCAUUUCUGGCUGAUGGACUACGUAUGGUGAAAUAUUGGACCGGCUUUGGCUGACGGACGGCGACUGGCACUUGACCCAGAACGGACCUGACUACGCUUCUCGAAUUCUGGAAUGGCUGAAUGUGCCGCCAUUUAUGACGAAGUCUUGAGCCCUUCGACGCCUGGUGAGCCAGGCCCAUCUACUUCGGCGUCUAAGAUUCCUCCAAAGCCAGCCUCGAUGUCAUCUUCGCUGCCAUCUCAGCAAAGGUCUAAGAUGUCAAAAUCAACUUCGACACCACUUUCAACAAAAGUUGAGACUGUCAACAUUAGCGUCGUCAUUGAGUCAACACAGACCUAGAAUAUCAACAUCGACGUCCCUCUCAACGUCAGAAGUUCCUAAGCUUACGUUGUCGAUGCUGCAAACCCGUCAUCCACAUGGUGAAGGAACCAGUUCAAUGCCAGGAGUCUCGAAGUCAAUAAAGCACCGUGCUACCGAGACUCCCACGACACCGCUGAGAAAGAAGUCAAAGACUAUCGACCUAACGCGGGAACCGUUAGGUUCACCUUAGGUCACCACCAGCACUUCACGGUCUUCCUUCGACACCGACUUCAAAGUCGAAGGUCUCUCUCGACACCAUGCCUUUGGCACCGAUACCAACAGAACAGUUGGACACCAACCGCCCGUCAACAUUGACGCGUUCGACAUUGAGGUUCCCUGUCUCCGGCGCCAACACCAAUCUCGUCUUCAGCCCCUUCGACACUGAAGGUUUGACAGGAUGCUCCUUUGACAUCAGCUUUACACACUCUGGUGCUAUCAACUUCAAGACAAGUGUCACCAUGAUGCCAGGUGCCGAUACCGACGUUCGUGAAGGACGCAAAUACCAAUACUGGCUUAGUCCCGACCACUGCACACACUCUCUUUUUGAUUCUGGACUGUUCCUCAAGUACCCCUCUGCUGCCCCCUCAGCGACUACCAUGGGUACCUGUUCCCCAGGAGGGCCAUAUGUUUACCAGAUGGAAAAAAUCCUGGAAGCCUUUUACUCCAAGGACAUACACUCCAAUUGCUUCAUCUCUGGCAGUGACCACCUUGACUGACCCUGCUACCCAAAGUGAGUCCAUUUCUUGUACUUCCAAAGCAUCGCAAACCUCUUCUCUCUCUAUGAUGUCACGGGCCACUCAAACUACAUCUCCACUCUUCAGGUCCAUAAGCACCCAGACAGGUGCUUUGCCUCCCCCACAAAACACUACUGUGGAGACUCAGACAUGUGUCCCAUCUUCUCUGCUUAGAUCUGCCUUGGAAAACUAUGGUUCCUCUGAUUUUGAAUCUGAUCCAGAGGAUGCAGACAGCUUAGUGGAUCCCCCCACUGACGUCCCUCCAUCCACUUAUGUUUCCCCGAAUGAAGAAAUGAAGGCCUAUCACAAACAUGUGCAGGCCAUGGCGGAAGCACUGGGUUUGGACUUGCAUUUGGAAUUGUCAACAAUAGAUGACCCAGUAUACAAUUUCAUGGCCAAAUCUCAGGCCACUCAGCCCGUGGCCUUGCCCAUGCUCCCGGUGAUCACCAGAGUGGCAAAAUGUGCCUGGGGAGUGCUUCAUACAUCUGCUCCCACAUCCCAAAGACUCGAAAGCCUAUAUCACAUUCAGGAGGACAACACUUACCUUCUAAAACACCCAGCUCCUAAUUCCCUUGUAAUCGAUUGUGCUACCUCUUCAAAAACGGGAAAGGUGCCACAUCACACCAUCUGAUAAAGAAGCUAUAAAAUUGGGGUUAUUAGGCAGAAAGGUUUACUUCACCUCCUGCCCGCCAAUAAAGUGGCAAAUUACUCGGCACGUAUGGCCAAAUAAAACCACAGCCUAUGGGAAUCUCUUCAGGGUGACUUGGACAACUUAUCCCCUGAAGAUUUCAAGAAGAAGUUCCAGUUAACCCUGGAGAAAUCGGCUGACUUAACCAGACAGCAGUUAAGUAUUGUUAAGCAUCUCACGGAGUCAGAGUCUUGUUCCCUGACUGCUGCUUUGACUUUGCAGAGACACACAUGGCUGAGAUCUACAAACCUUCAGAGCGACAUGAAGAAGAAAAUUGAAGGUCUGACCUUUGACAGAACUGGCCUUUUCAGUGAGUCAACAGAUGCCACCAUGGAGCAACUUAAAAAAUCUAAGUUCACAGUGAAAACGUUCACCUCGGCUGCUUCUACCUCCACAUACACCCUGAACUACCGUUCCUAUUACGGCAAACAGAGGCUUCCCUUUAGGCAGCAAGAUCGCCGUGACUACAGGAAGCAGUAUAACCCCUACCAUAAAUGUCCUUACCAAAGUAAAGCCAAAAGCCACUCAGUCCCACCAUACCAAACAACCAGAAUUGCAGAAGCGUCUUUGAAGUUUGGGACCUCCCACCAACACUGGACUUCCCCCCAAUCCCACCUGCAGGGGUCUUAACAUCUUGGCAAGCGAAUACCAUCACCGACCCAGCAUUGCCACGCAGUUCCAUCAAGCUGGCACGCCAUACCCCUGCAUGGCAUCGGGAAUAACAUCGGACCCCCAGGUCCUGAAGAUCAUAUCCUCAGGAUAUGCCAUAAAAUUCAAGAUGACCUCUCACUUUACGGGAAUGAGGUUCACUCCACCAUCCUUAGCAUUACAGGAGGAGGUGGAGGAACUGUUGGGGAAGGGUGCAAUCACCCCGGUGUCAUGGGUGCACAGGCAGGAAGGGUUCUACGCCUGCUGCUUUCAGAUCCCAAAGCAGGAUGGGGGCAUCCGCCCCGUAAUGGACCUAAGCCAUCUAAACAAACUGAUCCAUGUCAGAUAAUGUCAUAUGAUGGCGUUGCAGGAGAUACUACCACUUCUCCACCAAGAGAAGUGUCUUGCAAUGCUGGAUUUGAAAGAUGCCAACUUUCAUAUCAACAUAAGAGAACAUCACAGGAAGUACCUACGUUUCCCUGUAGGCCACCAAGUGUACCAAUACAAUGUCUUACUCUGCAGAUUUUCCACUGCCCGAAGGGUUUUUACCAAAUGUAUGCCAGUAGUAAUUUCCCAUCUGAGGACAAAAGGCGUUGCUAUUUACCCAUACUUGGACGACUGGCUUAUGACAUCCAGGGACCGAGACGAGUUACUUUCUUAGAUCCAGUAUGUUCUGACUGUCCUCCAAGACCUGAGAAUCCAAGUCAAUUGGAAAAGUUCCCACCUGGAACCCGUGUUCGCUAUCACCUAUAUAGGGGCAGUGUUGAACACGAUAUCCCAAAGGGCAUACUUACCAGAAGAAAGGUCCAACUGCAUCAGAGAUCUGGUGCAGGUCUUCCAACAACAUCACAUACAGCCAGUUCAGUUGAUACAGCGACUGCUCAACCUUAUGGCAUCCUGCAAUACAGUGAUACAUUACGCACGUCUGAAAAUGUGGAAACUACAACUAUGGUUACUGUCAGUUUUCCAUCCCAACAGAGACAGUCAGCGGGAACAUCUGGAGCUGCCACCACAAAUUCUACGAUCACUGUCAUGGUGGUCAGACAGCCGGAAUCUCCUAGAGGAAGUCCCGCUCCAGACGCCAUCUCCAUCAGUUUGGCUGAUGACAGACGCACCAUUGCUAGGGUGGGGUGCCCAUUGUGAAUGUCAUCAGAUAUUCUGGCAAUAUGGCAAAUGGACCCCUCACCAGGCUCAGUUGCAUAUCAGCUUCCUGGAGUUGCUAGCCUUCUUCCAGGCACUACAGGCUUUCUUGCCACUGAUACAAGGCAAAGUUGUCCAAAUAUAAUUGGACAAUACAACAGCCCAAGCUUACAUCAACCAUCAAGGUGGGACUGUAUCUUGAAGCUUGUAUGCCCUCAGUGUUCAGCUGUGGCACUGCUGUGUCCGUCACCAAGUAUCCCCAAUGGCAAUCCACAUCAAGGUCCUGGAGAAUGUCCUAGGAGACGAUCUCAGUAGGGUGUUUGUUCAACACCAACAACAUGAAUGGGAGCUCAAUACAAUAUACAUUGCUCCCCUCUUCGACCACUGGAUGGAACCCUCCAUAGACCUGUUUGCAACUUCAAUAAACACGAAGUGCUCCCACUUCUGCUCAAGGGCGGGACAUGAUUGACAGUCACUAGGGGACGUGUUCCAGCUGGAUUGGUCUCUAGAAACCCCUCACAUGUUUCUUCCACAACCACUAAUAAGUUGAUUUGUUGCUUGUCUGCUAGCCACCCCAACAUCUUGCAUCCUUAUGACCCCAUGGUGGCCCAGACAACCAUGGUUUCCCCAGCUACUCAGACUGUCAGAGAACUAUUAUCAUAUUAACAUUGAUGAACUCACCUGCUUACCUGAAUGGUUGUCAUUCACGGUGGUUGUCCAAGAACUGAGGAACAUGGCGCCCAGCCCGCCUUUAAAUAGCACACUGUAGGUGUGGAGGCAGGGCUUGGACGCUGUCGACAAGCUGCGGCUUGGCUACUGCGUGGUCCCUGUGCAGGUGCAGAACUCAUACUUAUGGAUGUUGAUAGAUCUCUUCCAGACAUAAGUUACAGGUGAGCAACCUGGGGUUUUUUGUUUUGUUUUGUUUUGUUUUUGGUGGGGUUUUUUUAAACUUGUAAACUUGGGAAGAUAUUAUUUUAUUACUUUUUGAUAUUUUCAUAUUAUUAUUUCUACAGAUAUCAUGGUUUGUUUAUAUAAUUUUGUACUGGUUUGAAGUAUUUUGCCUAUUGUGUUGGGGCCAGGCCACUGUUGCUGUCAGUUUUAUGAAGUACUGUUCACAUUAAAAGUAGUACAGCAUAGAAACAUAUCAAUAAGUGGCAGGUUUAGAAUGCAGCUUGUGGAAAGUGGUGGCUGUGUAGCAGAAUGGAGGUGAAGUGCCAUAUGCAUGAGCAUUCUUUGCAAAGUCUCUGCUUCUCUAGAACGGCUGACUAAUGAAACUUCUCCCACCAUCUCUUUU